GAGAGAAGAGAAGUGAAGAGAAGAGAGAGAUGGGGGAGAUAGAGAGAGAGGGAGUGUUGUCGAGGGAGAGGGAGGUAGAAGAGGAAGAAGAAGCGGAAGCCUCGGUGGAGAUAUGGAAAUACAUAUUUGGAUUUGUGGAAAUGGCAGUGGUGAAAUGUGCGAUAGAGCUUGGCAUAGCUGAAGCCAUAGAAAAGCAUGGAAGGGCGAUGACAGUGUCGGAGAUAUCAUCAGCUCUGGGGUGUGAUCCUGCUCUUCUGAAACGCAUAAUGAGGUUCCUGGCGCACAGAAAGAUAUUCAAAGCCGUAACAGUGGGCGGCAGCAAUGGCUAUUCACAGACACCUCUGUCUCGGCGUUUGAUGAGAGAGGGGCCACAGAGCAUGGCCGCUUUUCUUUUGCUGGAAAGUAGUCCUGUAAUGCUCGCACCAUGGCACAGUCUAAGCGCUCGCGUCUUGGCCAAUGGCCAUCCCUCAUUUCAAAACACUCACGGCGAAGACGUGUGGCGCUAUGCCGCCGCCAAUCUCGGCCACAGCAACCUCAUCAACGAAGCGAUGGCAUGCGAUGCUAAGCUUGUCAUGCCUGUCAUCAUCGAAAGUUGCAACGAGGAAUUCCGUGGUCUCCAGUCGGUGGUGGACGUGGGCGGGGGCAACGGCACCGCCAUGCGCAUCCUCCAUCAAGCUCUCCCUUCCAUUCGAGCCAUCAAUUUCGAUCUUCCCCAUGUCAUCUCCCAGGCCCCUCACUCCGAUGGCCUAGAACACGUGGCAGGAGACAUGUUCCAGAGUGUUCCUAAAGCCGAUGCUGCUUUUCUGAUGUGGGUUUUGCACGACUGGUCGGACGAAGAGUGCAUCGAAAUCUUGAAGAAGUGCAGGGAAGCGAUCUCGAAGGAAAAUGGGUGGGUGAUGAUCGUUGAGGCGGUGAUCGGAGAAGAAGGAGAAGGGAAGCAGAAGGUCCUGGAAGACGUGGGGCUGAUGCUGGACAUGGUGAUGAUGGCUCACACCAACUUUGGGAAAGAGCGGACCCUGAAAGAGUGGGAAUAUGUUAUCAAAAUGGCAGGCUUUAGCUCAUUCACUGUCAAACACAUUCACGCGGUUCAGUCUGUGAUUCUUGCUUUCUACUGAUCCACUUUCCCCUCAAACAAAAUGCUUUCUUUUUAAUUAAAUAAGACAUCUCCUGUGUCCAUCUAUGUAUGCACUCUUUCACGCCACCCAAUAAACUUCACUGCUUUCUUAUGUCUCUUCA